AGCUCCAGAGGCCAAGAUUAAAAAACAAAAACAAACAAAAAAAAGAACAACAACAACAACAAAAAAACACACAAAAAAACCCAAACCAAAAAACGGGGGGCGGAACGGGCCCGUGAGAGGCGCGAUCGUGGGCCCCGCCCCCGCCGCCCCGCCCCGCGCGGCCGCGCCGGGCCUUCGGGGCUGCCCUGCCAGUCCGGGCCCGGCCGGGCUCACCGGGAGCCACCGCCAGUUCUCUUGAUGUAGAUCUGGAGUCUGUCUCAGCCUGAGCUCCUGGGAUCCUGUCACCAUGGAGACCGAAAGUGAGCAGAACUCCAGCUCCACCAGUGGGAGCUCCAGCUCUGGAGGAAGCACCCGUCCUCAGAUAUCACAGAUGUCUCUCUAUGAGCGACAGGCAGUGCAGGCCCUGCAGGCACUCCAGAGACAGCCCAAUGCAGCCCAGUACUUUCAUCAAUUUAUGCUCCAGCAGCAGCUUAACAGUGCCCAGCUUCACAGCCUGGCUGCUGUCCAGCAGGCUACAAUUGCAGCCAGUAGACAGGCCAGCUCCCCCAACACCAGCACCCCACAACAGACCACCACCACCCAGCCCUCAAUCAACCUAGCCACCACAUCAGCUGCUCAGUUGAUCAGUCGGUCACAGAGUGUGAGUUCCCCCAGUGCCACAACCCUGACGCAGUCUGUGCUCCUUGGGAAUGCCACCUCACCACCUCUCAACCAGUCGCAGGCCCAGAUGUAUCUCCGGCCACAGCUGGGGAACCUGUUGCAGGUAAACCGGACCUUGGGCCGCAAUGUGCCUCUUGCCUCCCAACUCAUCCUGAUGCCCAACGGGGCUGUGGCCGCUGUCCAGCAGGAGGUACCACCCACUCAGUCUCCUGGGGUCCAUGCAGACACAGACCAGGUGCAGAACUUGGCUGUGAGGAGCCAGCAGACCUCAGCCACUAAUGCCCAGCUCCAAGGCUCUGCUCAGAAGGCAGCUCUGCCAGGAAGCUCCCAGGCUUCGGGCUUACCACAGGCCACCAGCACGGGCCAGACCUUGGCAGUGGCUCAGGCCUCCUCUGGCAGCGCAGGCCAGUCCCUCAACUUGAGCCAAGGGGCUGCUGGCAGCAAUGGUGUCUCUGGGGGUGUGGUGGCAAGCAGUGGGAGCCAGACCUCGACAGGAUUGAGCCAGACCUCGUCGGCAGGCACUGCUGGCAGUUGCCAAAGGAAAGGCACAGGGGUGGUUCAGCCAUUACCGGUAGCGGCUGCCCAGGCCGCGACUGUCAGCCAGGGAAGCCAGACGGAGACAGAGAAUGCAGCCACAAAGAAGGGCGAAAUGGACAGCAGCGGACAGCAAACAGUGGGUAUGAACCUUACCAGGACUGCUACACCAGCGCCCAGCCAGACGUUGAUCAGUUCAGCCACAUAUACACAGAUCCAGCCACACUCACUGAUCCAGCAGCAGCAGCAGAUACACCUGCAGAAGCAGGUGGUGAUCCAGCAGCAGAUUGCCAUUCAUCACCAGCAGCAGUUCCAGCACCGCCAGUCCCAGCUUCUCCACACAGCCACCCAUCUCCAGCUGGCCCAACAGCAGCAACAGCAGCAAGCACCAUCUCUGACCCAACAGCAGCAGCAAACUCAACCUCUGCAGCAGCAGGCUCCACCUCAAAACCAGCAGCAGGCUCAGACACUUGUGGUACAACCUAUGUUGCAGUCCCAGCCACAGCCUGUGCAGCUCCAGCAGGACAGUCCUUGCCAGCCAGCCACCAAGUCACCUGUUCCAAUUCAGUCAAAAUCUCUGGUCACCCCUAUCAAACCACCUCAGCUUGGGCCUGCCAAAAUGUCAGCAGCACAGCAGCCUCCACCACACAUCCCAGUACAGGUGGUGGGUACUCGGCAGCAGGGCUCAGGCCAAGCCCAAGCACUUGGUUUGGCUCAGAUUGCUGCAGCAGUGCCGACAUCCCGGGGAAUGCCAGCCGUGGUCCAGCCUGUUUCCCAAGCCCAUGCUGCUCCCCCAUCAUCAUCUUCAUCUUCAGCAUCAUCACAGGAAGCUCCUCCUCUCACCACAGGAUUGAAUUUGGCACAAGUUCAAGGCACAGCCCACAUGGUGAAGAGCCCAGCCUCCUCUCCAGUCGUGGCUCAGAUGCCAGCAGCAUUCUACAUGCAGUCUGUCCAGUUGCCAGGCAAGUCUCAGACCUUAGCAGUAAAGCGCAAGGCAGAGUCAGAGGAGGAAAAGGAGGAGUCACCCAGUGUCACUGCACUCCUGCCUGUCAGGUCCUCUCCUGUAACAGACAGUCCCAAAAACAUGGAGGACAAGAGUGGCCUUGGAGAUAAAUCUGAUCCUGCUGCCACUGCAAUCCCAAAUACCACCUCGAGUGAAGGAACAUCAAUCACCCCCACCUCUGCUCCCACCCCUAACCUGGCAAUGGUGUCACGUCAUAUUGGAGACUCCAAACCCCCGCAAGCCAUCGUCAAACCCCAGAUACUCACACACAUCAUUGAAGGCUUUGUCAUCCAGGAGGGAGCAGAGCCCUUUCCGGUGGGUUGUUCUCAGCUGCUGAAAGAAUCUGAGAAACAGCUGCAGGGAGAGGCUCCUUCUGGCCAGAGUGAAAACCUGUCCAGUAAUUCUCUGGAAGGGGAUAGUGCUUCUGGGGAGCUUGAUAAGAAGGCAAACUUGCUGAAGUGUGAAUACUGUGGGAAGUAUGCCCCAGCAACCCAGUUUCGUGGCUCCAAGAGGUUUUGUUCCAUGACCUGUGCUAAAAGGUACAAUGUAAGCUGCAGCCAUCAGUUUCGGCUGCAGAGAAAGAAGAUGAAGGAAUUCCAGGAAGCUAACUAUGCCCGUGUGCGGCGACGGGGAUCACGGCGCAGCAGCUCUGAAAUUGCUCGAACAAAGAUCCAGGGGAAGCGCCACAGGGGCCAGGAAGACUCAAGUCGAGGCUCUGAUAACUCCAGCUAUGAUGAAGCUUUGUCCCCUACAUCUCCAGGACCCCUGUCAGUAAGGGCCAGUCAUGGAGAGAGGGACUUGGCAAACUCUAGUAUGGCCCCACCUACCCCAGAUCUACAUGGCAUCAACCCAGUCUUCCUGUCCAGCAAUCCCAGUCGUUGGAGUGUGGAGGAAGUGUAUGAGUUCAUUGCAUCACUGCAAGGGUGCCAGGAGAUUGCGGAGGAGUUUCGGUCACAGGAAAUUGACGGCCAGGCCCUGUUGCUUCUGAAGGAGGAACACCUCAUGAGUGCCAUGAACAUCAAGCUGGGACCAGCUCUCAAGAUCUGUGCCAAGAUCAAUGUCCUUAAGGAGACCUAACAGCUCUGAAGUCAGAGGUCUCACUUUUGCUCUGACUUCAGGGCAGCUGCCAGCUCUGGAGCAUCAUCUUGGGGUGGGGAAGAAUGGGACAGUCCCCUGUGGUCUUGCAUUCAAGAAUCAGAAGGAAUUCAACCGAUUGAAACUGCCAUGCACAAGCCCCUGUCUUAGUUUCUUAAUGGUGCUACAAGGGGGAGAAAAACUCCCACCUGGGGCCUUGAAACAUCUUUCCUUCUUCCUGUUUUUGAAUAUGCCUCUCCCAUAACCCACAUAAAGACAGGAAGGGGAUGUCUUUCUGUCUUUGCAGACUUCUGGAAGGGAACUGCUCUUGCCCAUUUUUGCUACAGCAGGUCUGCUAGAUCUUAGUUUUGAAUGUUGCUGUGCCAGAACUUGAGACAUAGGAAGACCUGGCCCCACACAAGACAUUGGGAGCAGCUGUGCUUGGGGCAUUUAAGAAGGGGAACUAGUGAAUUCCAAGUGACAGAAGUGGACAUACAAGAAUUAAAGCAAAAGCGGUUGCUGCUGUUUCACUCUUCAAAAAUUACCAAGGCCGUUCAUGAACUGGGUUUAAUAGCCAUUAGCAUGCACACCAAACAUGAACGCCCGUGGCAAAAGGACCUGCCCGAGCUUUACUGUCUGCUGUAGAGAUGCAGAGUGAAGACGAAGUGUUGUGGCAGCUAUUCACUCCAGAUGUUUCUCUCUGAACUGGUCAGAGGAUUUAUGCUGAGUAGUUAUGACAAGGUGAUGGACAAGUGAAAGGGAGGGGGAUUGUAUUGCAUUACAGAACUCUGCAGCACUAGGUUUGUCUCCCCAUUUUGCUAGGGCAUAAUUUACAGAUCCAAAGCAGCCUUCAGAAGCACCAAGGCCCUUCAUAAAAGUGGCCAGGUUGUGUUGUUUUUUGUUUGGGUGUGUUUUUGUUUUUUUGUUUUUUUUUUUUUUUCUCUUAUCAGUUUGUAUUAUUUUUGCGUCUUUAUUCAUUGCCCUCAGGAGAGGUUAUGGGUAAAAGUUAAAGUUGGCAGGAUUGUAUCUCCUUUGUCAGGCUCUUUGUUGUUGUUAAACAAAUCUUUUUCUUCCUCAGGUAAAAAAAAGAAAAGGCAAACAAAAACAUAGCCUCCAACAACUGAAUACUGAUCCUUUAACACUACUUCUCCUUUCUAAGGGGGAGAAUUAUGUUAUAGGCUGAGUCCCUCCCUUUUAGCCCCCCCCCCCCAGGUUUGGGUGUUUUUUGGUGUGUUUUUUUGUUUGGUUGGGCGCUUUUUUUGUUGUUUUUUAAAGGACCAAAUGUGGUAUUCUGAAGUUUUGUAACCAGUUUGGCAAAGGUGAAAGACUGGGCCGAGUUCUCUUCCAGAAGCACCUCUGCUUAAAACAAGUAAAAACGUGAAGAAAUUCCACGAAGCAUGAAGAGCUAAGUACCCCAUGGAGCCAAAUACCUGAAAAGAAAGAUGAUUUUUAAA